AUGGGAAAUGGGUCAUGUUCACCUCAUAAUAAUGCUGUUAAGUAUUGUGACACUUUGAAGAACCAAUCUCAACAUAUUGAUAAGGUGAUAGAUAAGCAAACUUUAGAAGAAAAAUUGAACAAUCGAUUGCAAUUAAAGACUUCAAUCGAUUUGAUUCGGUAUUUACUAUCUCAAGGAUGUGCUCUUAGAGGUCAAGAUGAAGGUCCCGAUUCAUUAAAUCGUGGCAAUUUUCUUGAGUUGAUAAAACUUAUCUCCAUUUACAACGAGGAUGUUGCUAAGGUUGUUUUAGAAAAUGCUAAAUAUACUUCACAUCAUGUCCAAAAAAGAGAUUUUACAUGUCUUGGCAAAGAGGAUACGAGAUGCAAUUAUGAAGAAAUUGGUGAUUCAAAAUUUUGCAUUAUUGUUGAUGAGGCACGAGAUGAAUCUAAGAGAGAACAAAUGGUUAUUGUUUUAAGAUUUGUUGACAAAGAUGGAUUUUUACAUGAACGCUUCUUUGAUAUUGUUCAUGUUAAAGAUACAUCGUCGUCGACUUUAAAAAAUAAAAUAUCUGAUGUUCUUUCUCAAUAUUAUCUUGAUAUUCAAAGUAUUUGUGGACAAGAGUAUGAUGGUGCUAGCAAUAUGCGUGCAUUAGUUGUUGCAUCUCGAGAGGCAGUUUCUGUUCAUGAGUUCUUCUCAAAUUUGAAUUUCAUUAUCAAUGUAGUUGGUGCUAUAUGUAAAUGUCAUGAUGAACUACAAACAGCUCAAACAGCAGAAGUCGCACAUUUGAUAGCUAUUGAUGAACUUGAAACUAGAAAAUGA